AUGCCAGCUACUACUUCAUCUACCAAGGGGGCGUCGGUGAAGAAUCUACAAACGAAACUUCGGGCGCAACUUGAGAUGUUCAAGACGAUUACAACGUUUUCGAGCACUCUUGCUGAGGUGACUUCGGUUGAGAAAAUCCAGGUGCGGUUGGCGAAAAUAGACGAGUUGUGGGAGAAGGUAAAUGAAACACUGCUUGAAAUCGAAACCCAUGAGGAGUACGUAACAAUGCCCAACACAUCACCGUCGCAAAUUCGUAUCGAUUUCGGAGAAACCUACUACGAUGCGAAGGCUGCCAUGCUUGAACGAGUCAAGGAGAUUGAGCAAGAGUCUUCUACCGUUCACCAGUCUACAAGAAUGAUGGAUUCCUCUUUGCAACCAACAGUUGAACACGUGAAGCUUCCUCAGAUAAAACUUCAGCAAUUUGAUGGAAAUGUGGAUGAAUGGCUUAGUUUCCGGGAUCUUUACAUGUCGUUAAUACAUACGAAAGCGGACCUACCAGAUAUUGAGAAGUUUCACUAUCUCAAGGGCUGUUUAGCUGGAGAGGCUAAGAAGUUGGUCGACCCUCUCGCUAUUACCAGUGCAAAUUACUCAAUCGCAUGGGAAUGUUUAAUGAAACGGUAUAACGACAGUAAGCUGCUGAAACGUAGGCAGGUUAAUGCACUGCUGAAACUCCCAGGUGUCACCAAGGAAUCCGUAAUGGAGCUGCAAUCUUUGCUAGAGGCUUUCGAACGUGUCGUACAAACCCUUGAUCAACUUGUGAAUGCCGAUGAGUACAAGGACUUGCUGUUACUGGAGAUUUUAUGUACUAGGUUGGACCCAACAACGCGUCGCGCAUGGGAAGAGCACACGGCCGGUAAUGAUCGGGAUAAAAUCUCGGAUUUAACGCAGUUCAUUCAAAAAAGGAUCUCUGUUCUCGGCUCACUACCUAGCAAGGUAUCCGAAGGACGACCCGAGUACAACAGGAAACCACUCGGAAUCCGCACUAGCCACAGUGCGACCCAAUUACCCAAAGGUCGAUGCGUUGCCUGCUCUGAUUUUCACCCACUUUUCAUGUGCCAGUCUUUCAAACGGUUGACGGUUUCGGAAAGGGAUAAGCUGAUUCGUACGAACUCACUAUGCAGAAACUGUUUUCGGCGAGGACAUGUGGCUUCGGAAUGUUCUUCUAAAUACGUAUGCCACAACUGUAAGGGAAAACAUCACACGUUGAUUUGUUUUCGGCCAGACGCACCAACACCAUCCACCUCCGGAGCGAUAAGACAUACUUCGGACAAUCCAGGUACUUCAACUUCAGGAACAGUGUCAGCCAACAUCGCAAGACGUUCGCUUUCCUCGGUACUUCUAGCAACAGCCGUAGUUUUGGUAGAGGACCAAACUGGAGGCAGUUAUCCCGCGAGAGCCUUACUAGACUCUGGCUCUGAAUGUAACUUUAUGGCUGAACAUCUAUGUCAAAACCUCGGAAUAAAAAGAAGGCAUUCAAACUUAUCGGUAAUUGGAAUUGGACAGGCCAACACUCGAAUCAAACAUCAGGUCACUGCAACCGUCAAGUCGCGGAACUGUCAGUACAAACAACAAAUGGAUUUCUUGGUUAUGGCAAAGGUUACCGCGGAUUUACCAACAACAGAUAUCAACAUUUCAACCUGGAGAUUACCCGAAGGAAUCAAACUGGCUGAUUCCGAAUUUUUCGCUUCGAAAUCCAUUGAUCUUAUCCUUGGCAUCCAACACUUCUUCGAAUUCUUCCAAUCUGGUCAACGAAUUGCGCUAGGAAAUGGGCUACCGGUCAUCACUGAAUCCGUAUUUGGAUGGAUAAUAUCUGGAGUGACAGAAAACAGGCAACAAAUAUCGAAAACUAUCUGCAACACUGCAAGUUCAAUGGAUCUGGACGAAUACCUAACCCGGUUUUGGACAUGCGAAGAGAUGGGGUCUGUUCGCAAUUAUUCGCCAGAAGAAGCCCUAUGUGAGGAGCAGUUUGCAAGCACGGUCCGCAGAGAAGAAGACGGGCGAUACACAGUUUCAUUACCAAAGGAUGGAGACGCAACGUCUCGACUGGGCGAGUCGAGAAAAAUGGCUUUACAGCGUUUCGAGAAGCUCGAGAAUAGGCUCCAACGGAAUACGAAUCUUCGCCAACAAUACAACUUAUUCGUACAAGAGUAUCUACAGCUUGGUCAUAUGCGGAAGGUGGACUUGUCCCAAGGGGACAGCAAGAAGCGGUGUUAUCUCCCUCAUCACCCUGUUUUCAAAGAAGCUAGCACUACAACCAAGCUUAGAGUGGUGUUCGACGCAUCGGCUCGAACGUCGAACGGACUAUCGCUGAACGACACAUUAUUGGCAGGGCCGGUAAUACAAGAUGAACUGCGGUCAAUCGUUUUACGCUGCAGAACGAAGCAAUUUCUAAUAGUAGCCGAUGUGGAAAAGAUGUUCCGCCAAAUAAACGUUUACCAGGAAGAUAUGGCACUACAGAGCAUUCUCUGGCGUUUCGACCCUACAGAACCGGUGGAUACGUAUGAGCUGACAACCGUCACAUACGGUACAAAGCCGGCACCCUUUUUGGCAACGAGAACGCUUCUACAGCUGACAAGAGAUGAAGGCAUCAAAUACCCUUUGGCAGCGAAAGCUAUGUCCGAAGACGUCUACAUGGACGACGUCUUAACUGGCACGGAGAAGGAGCAUGAGGCAAUUCAGCUACGAGAGCAGCUCAUCGAGUUAGCUAAGCAAGGAGGAUUUAGACUGAGGAAGUUCGCAUCCAAUUCCAGAGCAGUGCUUCAAGGAAUUCAGGUCGAUGACUUGGCAAUUGCAGAAUCAGGUGAAGUGGAACUUGAUUCGGACCCCACUAUCAAGACUCUUGGUUUAGUCUGGCAACCUGCAACGGAUACGUUUAGGUUUCAAUUCAACAUUAAAACGAUGGAUCCCAACGAGAUGCAAACGAAACGCAGGAUUUUAGGCGCAAUUGCGGCCCUUUUCGACCCACUUGGCCUUUUGGGAGCAGUCAUAACAACAGCAAAGGUGUUUAUGCAACGUUUGUGGUGUUUAAUGGAUGAAAAUGGUCAACGCUUAGAUUGGGACAGUAAAAUACCUGAUGACAUGGCACGAGAUUGGAUGGCGUUUUACACUGGAAUACCUAAGUUGAACGAAUUAAGAAUACCACGCUGCACAAUUGUUCCAGAUGCUGUUGAUAUUCAACUUCACAUUUUUUCUGAUGCGUCCGAGCGGGCCUACGGAGCAUGCGUGUACGCCCGUAGUGUGAAUUCAAAAGGAAAGGUUUGCGUACAGCUACUGACCUCCAAAUCAAGGGUUUCACCGCUUAAAUCUCAGUCGAUUCCGAGACUUGAACUUUGUGGUGCGCUGAAGGCAGCUGAACUGGCAGAAAAGGUUAAGGAGUCGAUUAAAAGCGAUGUGAAAAUGUGCUUCUGGACUGAUUCUACAUGCGUCUUACAAUGGUUAAAAUCUCUUCCAACAACGUGGUCAACAUAUGUUGCUAAUCGCGUCUCCAAAAUCCAAACAAUCACCGAGAAUCAAUCGUGGAGGCACGUCCCAGGGGAACAAAAUCCAGCAGACUUGGUCUCUCGUGGUUUAUUACCAGAGCAGAUCGAAUCCACCAGCCUGUGGUGGGAAGGCCCACCAUGGUUAAAGCAGGAGACAUCGAGUUGGCCAGUACAACCUAUACGGAUGGAAACAGAGGCAGUCACCAGCGAAUUGAAACGAAAGGCAGCGAAUGUAGCGACAACAGAGAAUCAGAGAUUUAUCGAUUGGUAUGUGGAAAAAUUCUCCUCGUUUUCGGGUCUGAUUCGAAAAACAGCGUAUUGGAUGCGGCUUAUUAAACAUUUUCGGAAACUUGAACCCACACCGACUGGAUUUUUAACUACUCCCGAGCUGAAGGAAGCUGAAUACACUAUAAUCCGUUUAAUUCAACAAUCAGCGUUUAGUGAAGAAUGGAAACAACUUUCUAAGGGUGAAGAAGUUCAUCGAGGUUCUCCUAUGCGUUACUUUAAUCCAAUUCUAGAAUCCGAUAACCUUAUUCGUCUUGGAGGAAGACUAAAAUAUGCACAAAUACCUGAAGGAGCAAGACACCCCAUAGCACUUCCAGUGCGUCACCACUUCACCAAGCUUCUACUAGAAGCAUAUCAUAAGCGGUUACUACAUGCAGCACCGCAACUUCUUCUGAGUAAUGUCAGGCUCCACUACUGGCCUCUUGGAGGACGCAGCUACGUUCGUCAUAUUGUCCAUCAGUGUUUACGCUGCCACAGAACGAAACCGAAGGCCAUCGAGCAGUUUAUGGGAGAACUUCCAAGAGCCCGUGUAACCGCAGCACCGCCGUUCGCACGAACUGGAAUUGACUAUUUCGGGCCUGUAUACAUUCGCCAGGGACCACGUCGAGCGCCACUUAAGGCUUAUGUAGCCCUCUUCAUAUGUCUCUGUACAAAGGCGAUUCAUCUAGAAUUGGUGUCCGAUUUGUCGACGGAGAAAUUUCUUCAGGCUCUGCGUAGAUUCAUUGGAAGACGCUCAAUACCUACCGAUUUGUUUUCCGAUAAUGGUACUAAUUUCGUCGGCGCACGGAACCAGCUGAAGGAAUUAUUAGCGAAACUUCGAGACCGGCAGCAUCACCAGCAGAUCACUAAGGAAUGUGCUGAACAUGGGAUCCAAUGGCACUUUAACCCUCCUGCCGCUCCCCAUUUCGGAGGUUUAUGGGAAGCUGCUGUGAAGUCUGCCAAGAUACAUCUCCUGAAGGUCCUAGGAGACAACGCGGUUUCGUACGAAGACUUCAACACGCUGCUAAUACAAGUGGAGGCAUGUUUAAAUUCAAGGCCGAUUACCCCAUUGUCGGAAGACCCCAACGAUCUGGAGCCGUUAACUCCUGGUCAUUUCAUAGCUGGAAGACCGCUUCAACAACUACCAGAUCGAGAUUUCACCGAGAAAAAACCAGGACAACUGAAACAAUAUCAACUUAUGCAGCAGAAACUACAAUUUUUUUGGGCACGGUGGCAUAAUGAGUACCUAUCACAACUUCAAGGAAGAUUCAAACGCUGGAAACGUGCUGUAGAGAUCAAGGUCGGUCAACUCGUCGUUUUGAAAAAUGAGAAUACACCUCCGAUGCGUUGGAGAUUAGGUCGUAUCCAGCAGCUGCAUCCGGGAAAAGAUGGAGUCGUCAGAGUAGUUACACUGAAGACAUCUAGCGGAGUUCUGAAGCGGCCCGUCGAAAAACUCUGUUUGCUACCGUCGGAAUGUCAGCCACUGGACAGCGAAACCACCGACGACAAUAAGGCACCUCGAAGGUUGAUUGAGUGA